CCAUGUCAAGUUGUCCCGCCUGAGAAAAUGAGAAGUAAAUGGGAGCAACAGAAAAGAAACACCAAGAUGUUACACAAUCGCCAGUGUCAGAACUUGAUCCUGCAGUCUGUUAGGCUGGAAGUUUGAGGGAAGAAAAUGAAAAAAUCCAACUUUAAUCAGACAGUAAAGACUGCAUCCUGGAGCCGCUUUCCCUGCCAGAAAGUCCAGGUGGCACCACCACUUUAGAAGAUUCUCCAUCUGUGCCUUGUAUUUUCUGUGAAGAACAUUUUCCUGUGGCUGAACAAGACAAACUUCUGAAGCACAUGAUCAUUGAGCACAAGACCGUCAUAGCCGAUGUUAAGCUGGUUGCAGAUUUCCGAAGGUACAUUUUGUAUUGGAGAAAGAGAUUUACUGAGCAGCCCAUCACAGAUUUUUGCAGUGUCAUAAGAAUCAAUUCCACAGCUCCAGCUGAAGAACAAGACAACUAUUUUUUGUUAUGUGAUGUUUUACCAGAAGAUAGAAUUCUCAGAGAAGAGCUUCAGAAACAGAGACUGAAAGAAAUCCUGGAGCAACAACAGCAAGAACGAGAUGAUACCAACUUUCAUGGCGUCUGCAUGUUUUGCAGUGAGGAAUUCCUCGGAAACAGAUCUGUUCUUUUGAACCACAUGGCCAGAGAACAUGCUUUCAACAUUGGUUUGCCAGACAACAUUGUAAACUGCAGUGAAUUCUUACAUACAUUACAGAAGAAGCUUGACAAUUUACAGUGCUUGUACUGUGAAAAAACCUUCAGGGACAAAAAUACCCUUAAAGAUCACAUGAAAAAGAAACAACAUCGUAGGAUCAAUCCAAAGAACAGAGAAUAUGACCAAUUUUAUGUCAUCAACUAUUUGGAACUUGGAAAAUCAUGGGAAGAAGUCCAACUGGAGGAUGACCAGGAGUUGCCAGAUCAUCAAGAAGAGGACUGGUCAGAUUGGAAAGAGUACCCUGUCUCUGCUGUGUGCCUGUUUUGUGAACUGCAAGAAGAAACAGUUGAUAAACUAUAUAAACACAUGAAGGAGACACAUGAGUUUGAUCUCCUCAAAAUAAAGUCAGAACUUGAGCUAAGUUUCUAUCAGCAAGUGAAGCUGGUCAACUUCAUUCGGAGGCAGGUUCACCAGGGCAGCUGUUACGGCUGCCACAUGAGGUUCAAAUCCAAAGCAGAUCUCAGGACGCACAUGGAUGAAGCCAAGCACACGUCCCUGCUUCCCGAGAGGAAGACCUGGGACCAGCUGCAGUAUUACUUUCCCACCUAUGAAAACGACACUCUGCUGUGUACCCUGUCGGACAGUGAAGGUGACCUGACAGCCGAGGACCCCCGCGAAGACGACAUCCCUGUCAUUGGUGAAGACACAGCCAAGCUGCAUGCUCUGAGACAGAGCAGCAUUUUGAACCGGCUGCUGCCGCGGGAGCGCUUAACGCACUGAAAGGCACUGCUGCCGUCGCGGCCUCCGUGGUUCUGCUCGGAGACGGGAGACAGCCGUUCAGAUCUGAGCAUCAGCAAGCUUAGUCAUUGGCGCAGUGGUUUGGUUUAGUUUGUUUUGUUUUGUUUUGUUUUAACUAGUUGGGUGUUUUUCAAGAAGUAAAGUAGAAAAUGACAUGA